GAAGAAGACUGUCCGUUUGCAAGGAAAGUAAAGAAAAAGAAAAGCCCAUCCAUCCUGAGCUGAGACGCUGAGAAAUGGCGGCGCCCGUCGACGCCGCCUCCUCCUUCCAGCCCAAACUUGGUUUCCUCCUCGUACGUCGCCCGCCGCAAGCUCUCCUCCUCCUGCCACGGCUCGCCCACACAAUCCCUAACCUCGCCGUCAACCCUUGCCGCGCCUCCGUCAAAGAGGACGAUGCCACGCCGCAGUGGCAGCUUGACUUCUUGGGGCCUCAUCCUCAGCCGCGGCCUGACGAGGAGGAGGACGACGACCCGCUCCCCGCCGAGAGCACCGACUGGUGCGUCCGCGCGCGACGUUCCGCGCUGCGGUCCAUCGAGGCAAGGGGCCUCUCGCCCUCGCUCCAGCGGAUGGUCUCCCCUCCCAAGAAAAUUAGCAACAACAAGAAGAGGAAGAAGCAGAAGAAAAUUCUCGACAAGAAGAAGAAGAAGAAUGAUGAGCUCACAGAUGAAGAAGACGAGAUGGAUAGUGAUGCGGUGCCGGACGACCUCGACCACAGAGUCGCGCAGCUUGCUGACGGCGUGUUCGACGAAAAGCGCCAGCGGAACAGGGAGCUCUUCAUCCAGACGCUUUCCAGCUUCUCUGCUGCGCAGCCCUCCAACAGGAGCAAAGAGGUGUCCCUGAACAGGGACAUCGUCCAGGCUCGUACCGCCGAGGAGGUGCUCGCGCUCACAGCCGAGGUCAUGGCAGCUGUCGCCAAAGGUCUCAGCCCGUCGCCACUCACGCCGCUCAACAUCGCCACUGCUCUCCACCGCAUUGCCAAGAACAUGGAGACCGUGUCCAUGACACAGACGCACCGACUCGCCUUUGCGCGGCAAAGGGACAUGUCCAUGCUUGUGGGCCUGGCAAUGCUGUCCCUGCCGGAAUGCUCGCCUCAGGGUGUGUCUAACAUUUCCUGGGCCUUGUCCAAGAUUGGGGGUGACUUGCUCUACUUGCCGGAAAUGGAUAGGAUUGCUAAGGUGGCCAUCUCCAAGGUUGAUGAUUUCAACGCACAGAAUGUUGCCAAUGUUGCUGGAGCAUUUGCUUCCAUGCGCCAAUCAGCACCAGCCCUUUUCUUAGCGUUGGCCCAGAGAGCAGCACAGCUAGUAUACACCUUCAAGGAGCAAGAGCUUGCUCAAUUCUUGUGGGGAUGUGCUUCUCUUAAUGAGUGCCCCUAUCCUUUGCUUGAUGCACUUGAUGCUGCCUUUCAGGAUGGCCUUGUGUCAGACAUGCGGCAGACCUCUGCCAAAGACGCUUCAAGUGGAGAAGAUGUUAGCAAUGCUCAUGCGCUCAGCUUUAGCCGAGAUCAGCUUGGCAAUAUUGCUUGGUCCUAUACUGUCCUUGGGCAAAUCGACCGCCAGUUCUUCUCACAUAUCUGGAAAACUCUGAAGCAAUAUGAAGAGCAACGAGUCUCGGAUCAGUACAGAGAAGAUAUAAUGUUCGCAUCACAGGUUUAUCUUGCAAAUCAGUCUGUAAAGCUUGAGUACCCACAUCUUGAUUUUGCCUUAAGAGGCGAUCUUGAAGAGAAAAUAACAAAAGCGGGGAAGAGCAAACGGUUCAAUCAGAAGACAACUUCCUCGUUUCAAAAGGAGGUUGGUCAUCUUCUAUAUAUUACGGGGCAUGAGUGGAUUAGAGAAUAUACAGUAGAUGGUUAUACUCUUGAUGCGGUGCUAGUUGAUGAGAAGGUUGCACUUGAGAUUGAUGGAACAACACACUUCUCAAGGAAUUUAGGCACACCAUUAGGCCACACAGCACUUAAAAGGCGUUACAUAACCACUGCUGGAUGGAAGUUGGUUUCCCUGUCCCAUCAAGAGUGGGAGGAGCUUCAAGGAGAGUCUGAGCAAAUGGAGUAUCUGAGGAGAAUUUUAGGCAUUGAUGCAGAAUAAGUUCAACAGAAUAGCUUAUCAGAUGGAGCAUAAAUUGUGCCAGUUUUCUUGUUCUGAUAACUGCUACAAAAUAAUUGUUCAUUUUAGUUGGUCUUGCACAGAAGCGCAUACGUUUUCUGUUCAAUUUGCAAGGUGAAUUACAUGUUUUUUUUGCUUCGCCCA